AUGGCGCAAAUGACGUCAAUCUCUCGCUCGCCGUCGCUCGACGUUAAGCGCCUCGCCGUCGCCGUCGCCGUGCUGCUCUCGCUCUCCUGCAGCGCCAUCGCGUGGCCCCGUCAUCUGCUCCAAAGCAAUAACAAACGCUACGAAGCGUGGGGACUUGUCUCGACCCCUCGUGCUUUGAACGGCAUGUGUUCCCUGCGUGCUAAUGU